CAGGACUUCUGCGCAAGCACAUUUGCGGCUAGCCGUUACCAUAGCGACUGGGCCUCCGGCAGGUAAAUCCUAGCUGCCCUGUCAACAUCCUUGAGCAUCUGCAGCUCCGGAGGCCCUGGUAACUGACGGAGCUCUGCCCAUGCUGUAGUUCCUGUCAUUCUCCAGAAGCCACGCAACAGCAAGGAGUUGUAAGAAAGUCCUUAUGAGUUUCACCGAUAACUUCAGUCUGCAGUGAAUCAGAUGUGUCUGCUUCACAGCCAGGCAGGAAGCUAUGUGAAGGAAUCUUCUGAUGUCAUAAUUCUGGGUGUCACUGGAACAUUUGAUCAACAUUCCUUUGGCAAGUCUAGCCUUCUAUGGAAAGUCAGUAGACGCAAUUGAUUUAUUCACCUCUACAGGAAUCAGACUUGGCCUAUUUUGGAUUUCAGUGAAUUAUGCCUUUUCGGUUUGGGACCCAGCCAAGGAGGUUUCCAGUGGAAGGAGGAGACUCUUCAAUUGAGCUAGAAUCAGGCCUGAGCUCUAGUGCUUCCUGUACCGGGAAAGAGACGUCACCCAAUAGGCAACUCCGAAGAUGCCCUGGAAGUCACUGCCUGACAAUAACUGAUGUUCCCAUCACUGUCUAUGCAACAAUGAGAAAGCCACCUGCGCAAAGCAGCAAGGAAAUGCAUCCCAAAUAGCAUCAUUAAGUCUUCUGUCGAGGGUUGACUAGGUCAAGGGUAAUGGGCCAGUAUCAUCUCACGGUCUGCCUGGUAAACAAAUAAAGGUGGUGGCACUCAUUGGGUGAUGACAA